CUCAGGGCUGGAUGUGGCUCGAAGCAAAUAUAGUCUUUCUUUGUCAGAGACAUUGGGUCUCAUUUCCAGGUGGUUUGGAGGUCCACGCUUAUUUGCAAGACAUUGAUUUCCACCUGGAAAUGAGACCCAAUGUCUCUGACAAAGAAAGACUAUAUUUGCUUCAAGCCACAUCCAGCACUGAGGUGCGCAGCUUCCUGGACCGACAACCGGCUCGGGUAAAGAAUGAUUACCGCUUGCUCCAAGAAGCCCUCAUCAGAGAGUUUGCAAACCCUGAAUCAGAUCAAGGACUGUUAGGUGCUCUGGAGACAAAACAAGCUCGCAACGAGUCUCCACAUGCUUACUACAACCGACUCAGGCAAGCCUUUUUCGGAACUCGCAACGAACCGAAUAUGGAAGAAGACCUGAACUUUAAGAUUCUCUUCCUGAGAAACCUCCAUCCUGCAGUAAGCCAACAUCUCGGAGUACUCGCAUGCCCACGAACAAUGAGCAUCCAGCAAUUGCGAGAUUUGACACAGAAAGCCCACGACAAACAAAAGAUGGUGUUAGAGAAAAACACUAAAACUGCAACAGUUUUUGACUUUAACACCCAUCCAGAACUGGCACUAGAGGGUGCCCAACGCCCAAACAGCGUGAGACCACUAUCCCCAGCAUGGAAUGCGUCUUCGUCUAAUAGACAACGGAACUCCUACGCUGACACGAGAUUCAAACAGAAGAACAGUCACUGGGAUGGACCGCGUAGACAACGACGCUCACCUGAACACCACCAGGAAAGAAACCAAUGGGGGUCAAACAAAAGCUGGUCACCAUCUAAGGGAAGACAUCAAAACCCUGGAUCAUCAAGUCCAAGGAGUCAACGAAGGUACUCCAAAAACUUCCACCCUGACAACGCUCAGACUCAAUCCCAGCAAGAGGAAAAUGCCCCACCGGGAUUUAACCCUCAAGAACUGGUGAAAUUGAUGAUGAAAGAGUUUCUCAAAUGCAUAGAGGAGGACAGGAAACGGGAAAAGCAGAUUUAGCCUGACUAGUCGCCGAGUGGAGAAGCAACAACCACCUGAACCAACAAACACUUGCAGGUGAAAGCCCUCAGGCUCCCAAAAGUGCCGUUCGGGUCGUCUGCCACUCCUCCGACAAACCUCAGUUCAGUCCUGAAACCCUUCCUGACCCAUGCCAAACUCCGCUACCUCCGUUACUGGAUAGACAUUUGACUGCUCCAUCAUCAUUGAACAACAAAUGGGGGAGGACCACAACUUGACACAGAUCAACUACACACUAACAUAAUCUUUGACAUUCUAGGGAAACACCUAGUUAAACACAACACUAAUACUUUCUCCUCUACAGCACUGCUAGAACAACUUCUAGUAGAGAGGAUCCACUCCACAUUUGCAACACUGUUUUGCUGGUUUUUAACCUACCUUGUUUUGUUGCAUCACUGUGCCUCUUCAUUUCCUUUCUCUCUCUCUCUCCCUAACUAAUUUGCAGUUCCAGUCCCCUCUACAUGGAACUCCUGCAAAUUCAUGCACAGGGCCUAAAAAAAUAGGAUUGACUCCUUCUCCCAAAUUAGUGUCAAUUGCUGCAGAAUUAUUGCUCAUUUAAGUUGAAGCUAGCGCCACUACAUACUCGCAAUGAAAUAAACUAGCUAAAUAACUAAAUUUGAAUUAUUUCAGGCAAUGUUACACUACACCUUGUGUUCUUAACCCGAACAAUUUAAGCUAAAACCUGCACCAGAACUCAGUCUAUGGAAUGGAAAUGUGGUUUGUGUCUUGUGUGUCUGUUCUCUCUCUACCUAUGCCUCUUGUUCCAGUGUCUGCCGAUGUUCAUGCCAGGAACAUCACCAUCCAAAUGGGGGAUGUGGGGAGUCAACGGAUCGUUCUAGAACCGAACAAGUCACAGACCAUGUUAUCCUUAAAAGAUUGG